CUUGAAAAAAAUAAUAAUCCUUGAAAGAGCAGUCCUUGCUAUUGAUGGAAUUCUUUAGAUAUAUUAAGUGGCUUUUGUCGUUGUUACAGUUUAUGCAUGUGGCUUUGAUAACUUUCAUUUAAUAUCAUAUGUAUUUGCAAGGUCAAGAUGUUUUGUAUAUUUUACAUCCAAAUUUUGCAGAAAUGCCCAGAAGAGAGAGUAAAAUACAUCCAAUGAUGGUGGAAAACCAGCAGUUAAAAAAUAUAGAAUUUAACACCAUGAUGUCACAAAUAAACAAGGUGAGGCAAUAAAUUUAUGUUUGGAAACUGUUUUUGAAUACUUAAUAAUAUGUGAUGUUGAGUGCUUAUUUCAUAUAAUUGCAUGAUCUUGACAUAGAAAUACUUAUUUUUUCUUUAUUUUUUUUGUUUUAAAUCCUUAUAUAUUCAAAACCAAGUCAAACACUUUAAGUUAAUUCAUUAUUGAAAAUGGUUUAUAAAUGUUCUUGUGUGGUGAAAUGUAAGCAAGCCUAAGUGCUUUCUCCAUUUGGAAAGUUUGAUUUUAUUGACAUGUGAGACAUUAAUGGAGCUUUCUCAUCCUGAUCAGCAUCUUUCACAGCAGUCCCCUGACUGCUCUCACGUCUCAUUAUAGUGACGUCAUCAGUGUUAUGACCGAGGGCACUCACUCCAUGCACUCGCUCCACUGCAUACACUCCACUGCAGUGUCUUUUUUUCACUCUGUUGUGUGUGUUAAUGUGUCUGUGUCUGUGUGAGUAUGUCGAUGGAAGACGGAGUGCAGGCUCUAUCUGUGUGUGUGGCUAAAAGCAGAUAUCUGUCUCCAUCUUCCUCUUUCCAGCGCUGCUCGUUUUCCUCCUGGAUUAAAGUCAACAUCAAGAAAAAAGAGUGCUGCUUCUAUGUAGAAGAUGGCAGAAAGGAGAUCUGUAUGUGUGGCUAUCCAAAGCCUGAUCACAAAGAUGAAGCCAUCAAGCCAGAGGACUACAUUGGGCAGCAGUAUGACAAACACAGGCACAUCAGGGAGGUUCCUACUGACGCAUAUGGAGACAUUAAUUUUGGAGGAAUUGGACAGAAAACAGGCAGGUAUGUCCGUGUAUCCUCAGAUACUCCUGUUGAGAAACUGUACCAACUGAUGACCGAUUACUGGAAGCUCCAGCCCCCUAACUUGUUAAUAUCAGUCACAGGAGGAGCCAAAAACUUCGACAUUAAAACAGACCUGAAAAACAAAUUCCGUAGAGGACUAAUUAAAGUAGCCCAAACCACAGGGGCAUGGAUCCUGACUGGGGGAACAAACACAGGUGUGAUGAAACAUGUUGGGAGAGCAGUACGGGACUAUAAUCUAAGCAGUAACACUGUAGGGGGCCAGAUUGUGGCUAUCGGAGUGGCCACAUGGGGGGUCAUCCACAACCGCCAGGCUCUGGUUCACCCAGACGGUCGCUUUCCUGCUCAUUACUAUCUGGAUGAACAUUGUCAGGGUCACUUAUCCUGCCUGGAUGUUAAUCACUCUCACUUCCUGCUGGUGGAUGAUGGAACAUCUGGCAAAUAUGGGGCUGAAAUUGAACUUCGUGGACGACUGGAGAAACUCAUCUCAGACCAGCCUCUAGAAAAACCAGAGAGUGAACUGAAGAUUCCAGUUGUCUGUGUGGUACUAGGUGGUGGACCUGGAACCCUAAAUACAAUCUACAGCUCUAUGAUGAACAGCAGUCCAUGUGUUGUUCUGGAAGGUUCUGGGCGCUUGGCUGAUGUCCUCGCCAAUGUGGCUGGCCUACCUUUGUCCAAGAUCACAAUAGCGCUCAUCCAACGACUGAUGAAAAAGUUUUUUACAGAAGAGUAUAAUAACUUUUCUGAACUGAACAUCAUUGAGUGGACCAAAAAGAUUCAAGACAUUGUCCAGUUCCCGCAGCUGUUGACGGUGUUCUGCAUUGACGAGGAAAAAAACAACGACGUGGAUGUAGCCAUUCUCCAAGCUUUUCUAAAAGCCCCCCGGUGCGGUGACAGUGUGAACAGAGAGAGACAGUUGCAGCUGGCUGUGGCCUGGAACCGGGUGGAUAUUGCAGAGAGUGAGAUCUUCACUGAAGAAAGUAAAUGGAAGUCCUGUGAUCUGCACCAGGCAAUGUUCUCUGCCUUGGUGGGCCAUAAGGCUGAGUUUGUACGCCUGCUGCUGGAGAAUGGGCUAUGCAUCAUUCAGUUCCUCAAAGAUGAAAAAACACUGUGUGACCUGUAUAAGCAUCUUCCCAGCUGUCUGUUUUCACGCAAACUGGCCAAGCGAGCGCAGGGAAGCAUGAUGAUUACCCUGAGCCAUGUGGCUGCUGAAGUGCGGCGCCUGCUAGGCAGGUUCACUCAACCGCUGUACCACCCAAUGCCACCCCCUCACAAAAUAGAGAUAUCCAGUGAUGACAAGGAUUUUACAACCACACCCAAAAGCCAGGUUGAAGAACCGUCCUGCUCAGGGAAGGAGAGGGACCCAGACACAGUGUGUGAUGCAGCCAGAGAUCUGUUCCUUUGGAGCGUGCUGCAGAAUCAGAAAGACCUGGCACAGAUCACUUGGGAACAGUGCAAUGAUUGUAUUGCUGCUGCUCUGGCUGCCAGUAAAAUACUGAAGAAGCUUGCUCAGGAAGGAGGAGACACUGGGGAAGAGGCUGGAUCGAUGAGGGAGCUUGCUGAUCACUAUGAGAAACAAGCCAUUGGUGUGUUCAGUGAGUGCCAUCGCUAUGACAAGCAUCGAGCACAGAAACUGCUGACCCGUGUCUCUCCAUCAUGGGGUAGUACAACCAGUCUCUGUGUCGCUCUUGAAGCCCAUGAUAAGAGCUUCAUAGCUCACCCAGGGGUCCAGGCUUUGCUAACUCAGAUCUGGUGUGGUGAGUUAGCAGUGGAAAACCCACAAUGGAAGCUGCUGCUCUGCAUGUUUUUCUUUCCUCUUAUCUACACCGGAUUUCUGGUCUAUAGGCAUGAUGAGGUCAUCCGUAGGGAAGCAGAGAGGACAGAAGAGGAAAAGCUGGAUUCAGUGACUGGGAUGUCUAGAAAUGGCAGGAAGAAACAUGACUUUUGUAACCAGUCUGACACCAGCUCUGUGCGUCCACUAAACUGCUGGGCAAGAUUAGUGGGACUGUACACCUGUCCUCAGGUGAAGUUCUACUGGAACAUCCUGUUUUACUUUGGCUUCCUGUUUCUCUAUGCUCUGGUGUUGAUAACGGACUUCCAGCCUACGCCAUCUUGGAAGGAAUUGCUCCUGUAUGUCUGGCUCGCCUCACUCAUGUUUGAGGAGGUCAGACAGCUCUUCUAUGAUUUUAAUGGGUUUACACUUUGGAAGAAAAUGAAUAUGUAUAUUAAAGACUCAUGGAACAUUUUGGACAUGUUGUCCAUAUUGCUCUUCAUCACCGGCCUGGUUUGCAGGCUCCAGGCCUCGAGUACAGUGUUCUAUGUGGGGAAAAUCAUCCUCUGCAUCGACUUCAUCAUUUUCAGUUUGCGCCUGAUGGCUAUCUUCACCAUCAGCAAGAUCUUAGGACCUAAGAUUAUCAUUGUCAGGAGAAUGAUGAUGGAUAUGUUCUUCUUCUUGUUCCUGCUCAGUAUCUGGGUGGUCGCCUAUGGCGUGGCCACACAGAGUAUCCUGAUUGAGAAUGAGGACCGAAUUAACUGGAUUAUACGUGGUGCUGUCUAUGAACCCUACCUCAUCAUAUUUGGGAACUUGCCUGACAGUGUGGACAACACCAAAUUUGACAUAAACAGUUGCAGUAUAAAUGGCUCUGAUCCUCUAAAGCCCAAGUGUCCAGUGCUGAACAGUGACAACAGCCCAGCCUUUCCUGAUUGGCUGACCAUCAUCAUGCUGUGUAUUUAUCUUCUAUUCGCCAACAUCCUGCUCCUCAACCUACUCAUUGCUAUCUUCAAUUACACAUUUCAGGAGGUGCAAGACAAUACAGAUAUAAUCUGGAAGUUUCAACGUUAUGAGCUGAUUAAAGAGUACCACAGCCGCCCUUCUCUACCUCCACCCUUCAUCCUCCUGAGCCACAUUUACCUCUUCAUCAGACGUGUGCUCCUGCGACGUACCCCUCAGAAACAUAUGAUCUUCAGACAGGAGCUGGAUCAGACAGAAGACGAGGAGCUGAUGUCAUGGGAGUCGUUCAUGAAGGAAAACUAUCUGGCAUCUUUACAGCAGGACAGUAGCCAGAGUAUGGAGCACCGCUUGGAAAUCACCUCAGAAAAAGUUGGAACCAUGUCCGAAAUAAUAGAGCAAGGACAAGAAUGGGGUUCUGUGUCAAAAAGGCUGGGCCUGUUGGAGGAGCAGGUUUGUCAGUCAGCUAAAGCACUACAGUGGAUCAUGGACACCCUUAAAUCUCAGGGUCACCAAUCCAAACAGGACGCUCCUAUAAUGGCGAGUGUCACAAUCACUAACACCGACCCUUCAGAAUCAACUGAGCAGGAAGCAGAACGGGAGAAAACUUAUCAUGUCUAUGCCCGCCAGCUUUAUUAUCCUGGUAGCAAUGUUAAACGCUUUCCGGUUCCACUGGAAAAAGUGCCCUGGGAGGUCGACUUCUCUAUUUAUGAUCCUGCAAUUUACAAUCAAGAGAAUAUGCAAGCCUCAGACAUUUUAACUUUAGACACAUAUAGGAACCCUAAAGGACGGACAGGAUUAAAGGGACAAGGGGCUCAUAAAAAUCUGGGCCCAAACGAGAUUAUAUAUCCAGUUAUCACAAGCUCAAGCCAGUCUGGCCUUUCUGUUCUGACGUCUAUCAUCAACAAGGCAUUUCUGCACACAGAACCCCUGCUCACUGGAUUGGUGUUCCCAAAUUUUGACUAUGAUACUUUUAGAGGAUUGCACUGUAGCUCAUGUUAUUUUGUUUUCUGUAGAAAUGAGGGCUCACAACUGCAAUUCUUGGCUGUAUGGGAUGAGACAGAAAGGUGCUGGACAUUCCCCGGGGGCCCUGUCCAGCCUGGUGAGCUCUUACCUGAGAUACUAGAAACAGCGCUAGGAAAGAAUCUAUCCCAGGAAAUUAAAGCCAAAAUAAAAUCAGGAAGCCACACUGAGGUCUGUAAAGGUUAUGUAGAUGACAGCCGGAACACUGAUAAUGCCUGGGUGGAAAGCACUGUAAUAACAGUUCACCUCGAAGAUGAGUGGCGUCUCAUGAUGCAGGGUGGUGGUGAUGAGUCUCUUAGCAGCACUGAGAAACUUGAGUGGCAGGAGGUGAGCGGCAAAACACCUGUAAAUCCAUAUCAGCGAGAAGCUCUCUGUACCAUUGCCCAAAAACACAACAUUAAGUUCUAAGGAAACUUCAGACUCUCAGGAAAAUGGACAAACAAAUGCUUCCUCUCCAAACUGUGUACCUCUUGUGGGAAUUCAGUAGUAGCAAAUCUGCGCCUAUACUGUUCUGUAACUGUUUGCACAUUUGCUAAUGAACUAAUCAUUCAACUUUAGUACAACAGUAAAUAUUGAUAAAAUAACAUCAAAGAAAGCUUAUUAAUAAUCAUGAUCAUCAUAAAUAUAAAUAAAUGAAAUCUAAAAUGUGCAGGUCAUAUACAGAGAGGAAUAAAAUUAUUUAAACCACCUAAAAGCAUUGUAUAAUAAUAAUAAUAUAUAACCCAGUAUACUCAGUACAGAAGAAUUCAUCUCUCAGAGAUUAUGUGAGAUUACAGAUACUAUAGAGGUUAGCACAUGAAAUUUUGCACUAUUACUGUUGGAUGUUUAAGUUGAAUUCACCGUUUU